AUGGAUCCGUCUCAGCAGCAGUCGAUGAACCUUCCUGUCAUCGACUUGGACGUCUACCUUAACAAGCCCCGCGACUCGCCUGAAGUGCAACAAGAGUGCGCCAAGGCAGCCGACGCUCUCAUCACCUAUGGCGCCCUCGUCCUCCACGACUCUCGUGUGGCCGACAAGGACAACGACACGUUUCUCGAUCUGCUCGAGGACUAUUUUGCGCAGUCCGACGAGGAGUUGCGCAAGGACGAGCGGCCCGAGUUGAGCUACCAAAUUGGCGUGACCCUAGAGAACACGGAGAAGCCCAAGUGCGCUGUCGACGAGCCGUGCCUUGAUGUCAUCAAGAGACUUCACCCGUCGCAGCGUCCUCUCGAUAUCAGUGGCCAUCAACCCGAUCCCAAGUGCCGCUUCUUCUGGCGCAUGGCCGAGCCGCCGCCCUACGACACAGAGUUUCCUGGCCUUAACGCUGCCAACGUUACCCCCGCAGCGGCACACAUCAAGGAGCGCUGGGCUCCCACCAUGAAUCAGUGGGGCGCGUCUAUGAAGAAUGCUGUGUCCAAGCUGUCCGAGAUGACCGCUGUCGGUCUGGGCCUGCCCGCAGAAUACUUUAGCGACGCCGGGCGCUACGGGCCCCAUCUCCUGGCCCCGACGGCUUCUGAUUUGGUCAAAUACGGCAAAAGGGACACCAUUCUCGCUGGCUUCCACACCGACCUCAACUUCCUCACUAUUCAUGGCCGCUCCCGCUACCCUGGCCUGAACAUCUGGGCCCGCAACACUGGCGACCGAAUCGCCGUCAAGAUCCCCCCCGGCAACUACCUGCUGGUGCAGGCUGGCAAGCAGCUCGAGUACGCAACGGGCGGCCUGAUCAAGGCUGGCUUCCACGAAGUAACCGUCAACGAGAAGACGGUCGAGACCAUUGAGAAGCGCAAGCGUGACUUCCCCGACCGGCCCCUUGUGCGCAUCUCGAGCACUCUCUUCUGGCAUCUCAACUCGGACUUUGACUUGGCGCCUGUGCCCGCACUGGCUGAGCGGGCGCAGCAAGUUCGAGACGAGCAGGCCAAGCUCGGCCGCGAUGAGGGUGCGGCGGCGUCCUACCCACCCAUCAAGGUCGGCCAUCAAGUAGAAGGAGAACUGCGCCACAUUGCGCUUAUGGCGAACUGA